GACGUGGAGGUAUCCGAAACUGCUGCCCCAGGGUUUGUUCGCUACGACCUUGUCAGUACCCUUUUUGCAGUUUUGCCCGUAGGGGGGCCCCCAGGGGGCCCCCCGGGGGGCCCCCCGGGCUGGGGCUGGGGGCCCCCCGUGCAGCUUCAUUUGCUAAAGCAGCAAAUUCAGAAAGAAGAGGAAGAGCAGCAGCAGCAGCAGAAGAAAGCAGCUGCCACCUUGUGCUGCAUGUUCGUGCAGCAGCAGCAGCAGCAGCUGAAGCAGAAGCAGCAGCGGCGCCAGCAGCAGCACGGCGAGAACCCCCAGCAGCAGCGGGACCGCAACGACCCCCCGCAGCAGCAGCAGCAGCAGCAGCAGCAGCAGCAGCAGCAGCAGCAGUGGCUGUGCAUAAACGACUUCGUUUUGUCUUUUUGUCGAAGUCGAUCUGUUUCCAACUUUUCUUAUUCUUGGAAAUUCCCUGCAGUGGUUUGUUAUGCCCGCGGAGACACAAAAAGGGGAGACGCAAUAAACCUCGGCCUUUUCAACAGGGGGCUGUGCAGCGGGGGCCCCGCGCUGCUGCUGGAGGGGGACCGGCUGCUGCCAGUUGCUGCUCCUGCGGAAAGUCCCUUCUCUUUAAUUUGCUUCUCCAAAGACUUCAACUUUUCAGUCCAUCCUGCUGCCCCCAGGCAGCCCGCCACCUUCACGCCCCUCUCCCCAACAGAGUUGCUGCGAAUGCAAGUCGCCAGAAUCCGAAUUGAAAAACAUUUAAAUCAAAAUAAUAAAACCAACUCCACCAGGGGGCCCCCAGGGGCCCCCCCAGCCCUAGAAGACAGGGGGCCCCCAGACGGGGCCCCCGGAGCCCCCCCGGGGGCCCCUGCGGGGGCCCCCGGGGGCCCCCCUGGGGCCCCCGAGGCCGCAGCAGGGGCCCCAGGGGGCCCCUCGGGGGCCCCCGGGGGCCCCCCAGGGGCCCCUGGAGGGGCCCCCAGGGGCCCCCCGGGGGCCCCCGGGGGCCCCCCGGGGGCCCCUAGAAAUAGGGGGGCCCCCGAAGAAAUAGAUGGAGUGGAAUUGUCGAGCGAGGGUUUUGUUGUUGGAGUUGACGCAGAGUUUGUUGCAGAAGUGACAGAAGCAGCAGAAAUAGACCAAGAUGGACGCAAAGAGAUUCUGCAGGGGUCUUCGCUGGCGCUGGCGAGGCACGCGAGGGGUUUGUGGCUAAGGCUGAGUCUGGUGCGGGGCCAGGGGCCCCUAGAAGAGGUCCCCUUCAUCGACCAUUAUGUGCUCUUCAAGAAACCCCCCAAGGACUGCCUCACUAGGUAA